CAUAGCAUCUAACUCCAUACAGUCCUUUCUCCCUCCCAUUGCGGGAAAGGUCCAUGAGAUUUUUCCUGCCUCGCCCUGGAUACGCAGAGCUACCAAAGCAGUGGCCUCUUAUUUGUUGGGAGAGGUGGACUGGGUGCCACCUCCCUUGUGCUCCACCCAUUCUUCCUUCUUUUAUAAAAGCAAUAGAUUCGGUUGCUUCGCUUCUUAUUUGGGCAUUGAUCUGGACCAGCGCCUUCAAACAGGAUCAGCAUGACUUACUUCCCAGCACCCGGAUACAUGCCUACUUAUAACCCGAAACUCCCUUACCAUCAACCUGUCCCUGGUGGACUCCGUCCAGGGAUGUCCGUAUAUGUGCAAGGCACGGUGCCGAAACAUACCAACAGAUUCCGGCUGAACCUUGCCUGCAGCCAGCAUGAGGGGACUGACAUUCCCUUCCACUUCAACCCUCGCUUUGAUGGGAAGGACAAAAUUGUGCUCAACACCCGUCAGGGCGGCAAGUGGGGACACGAAGAGAUUCACAAGAUGCCCUUCCGGAAGGGCGAGCAUUUCGAAGUCAUCUUCGUUGUCAAUGAUGCCGGAUACCAGAUCGUGGUGAACGGGAACCCGUUCUGCAGCUACGGGCACAGAAUGCCCCCGCAAAGCGUGCAGGUCGUGAGCGCUGAGGGAGACCUGGAGCUGCAGUCUCUCACCGUGUUAGGAGGACCGAUGAUGGGGAACAUGGGCACGAUGCCAAAUCCUGGAUGUGGGGCACCGCAAAAUCUUCCCAUGAUGCAAUCCCCUGCCCUCUAUCACCCUACGGUGCCCUACACAGGCAACAUCUCUGGGGGUCUGGGAGCCAAGAGGACCAUUGUCGUACGAGGCUCUGUUCCGAUGAACUUCAACAGGUUCUGCAUCAAUCUUAAGGCUGGCCAGGAUAUCGCUCUGCACAUCAAUCCACGCAUGCAAGAGCAAACUGUCGUGCGCAACAGUUUUCUGAAUGGCAGCUGGGGUCCUGAGGAAAGGGAUGUGCCCUUUAACCCUUUCCAACCUGGACAGUACUUUGAGCUCUCUAUCCGUUGCGGCAACCACCGAUUCAAGGUUUAUGUCAACGGCCAGCCUUUCUUCAACUAUGCCCAUCGUUACCACAAUUUCCCACAGAUCAACACCCUGCAUAUCGAUGGAGACGUGGUCCUUUCUUAUAUCCAAUGUUAAGCAUGGGGAGGGGGUGGAGAGGGCAGCGCUGGCAGAGACCCUCCAUUUCUCUCUCUCUCUUGAGGUCUGCCAGGCGAUUCCCGAGUCCUGCUGGAUUGAUAUAUUCCACAUAAAGAUUUUAAUA